GCAGUCACACUGUUGUGCUUGCCUGGCCGCAUCAGCUGCUGUCUAAAGGGGAAUAUUCGUCACUUGUGAUAAAAUUACAUUAUUUUUCACACCCAAGCAGACCGCUUCUUGUUCCGCCAUUUUCACCCUACUCCACAUAAAUCUUCCUUUCUACACAAACCGUCUGGAGGAGGAUCAGCGAACAUGUUCUACACCUGUGGUCCUAACGAGGCUAUGGUGGUGUCAGGUUUCUGUCGCUCUCCUCCUCUGAUGAUCCCCGGAGGCCGAGUGUUCGUCAUCCCGUGCAUUCAGCAGAUACAGAGGAUUUCUCUGAACACUCUGACUCUGAACGUGAAGAGCGACAAGGUCUACACCCGCCACGGGGUGCCCAUCUCUGUCACGGGGAUCGCUCAGAUGAAGAUCCAGGGUCAGAACAAACAGAUGCUGGCUGCAGCCUGCCAGAUGUUCAUGGGGAAAUCAGACGCAGAGAUCGCUCGGAUCGCCUUGGAAACGCUGGAGGGACACCAGCGGGCCAUCAUCGCCCACCUGACUGUCGAGGAGAUCUACAGGGACAGGAAGAAGUUCUCCGAGCAGGUUUUUAAGGUGGCCUCCUCUGACCUGGUCAACAUGGGCAUCAGCGUGGUCAGCUACACGCUCAAAGACGUUCACGACGACCAGGAUUAUCUGCACUCGCUGGGGAAGGCUCGGACAGCUCAGGUUCAGAAAGACGCUCGCAUCGGUGAGGCCAAGAACAAGAGAGAUGCUGUGAUCAGGGAAGCCCACGCCAUGCAGGAGAAAGUCUCCGCUCAGUACAAGAAUGAGAUCGACAUGGCGAAGGCUCAGAGGGACUACGAGCUGAAGAAGGCGGCUUAUGACAUCGAGGUUAACACUAAGAAAGCUGAGUCCGAGAUGGCCUACCAGCUGCAGGUAGCGAAGACAAAGCAGCGCAUCGAGGAGGAGAAAAUGCAGGUCCAGGUGGUGGAGCGGACGCAGCAGAUCAUGCUGCAGGAGCAGGAGAUCACACGCAGGGAGAAGGAGCUGGAGGCCAAGGUGAUGAAACCCGCAGACGCUGAGAGGUACCGGCUGGAGAAACUGGCCGAGGCCCAGCGUCUGAAGUUGAUAAUGGAAGCAGAGGCUGAGGCCGAGUCCAUCAGGAUUAAAGGGGAGGCUGAGGCGUUUGCGGUGGAGGCCCGGGGUCGUGCUGAUGCCGAGCAGAUGGCGAAGAAGGCGGAGGCCUUCCAGCAGUACAAGGACGGAGCCAUGGUGGACAUGCUGCUGGAGCAGCUGCCUCUGAUGGCAGAAGAGAUCAGCAAGCCUCUGUGUGAAGCCCACAAGAUCACCAUGGUGUCCAGUGGAGGAGGAGAGGUGGGAGCAGCCAAACUGUCCGGAGAGGUGCUGGAAAUCAUGACCCGCCUGCCCGAGGCUGUGGAGAAACUGACCGGAGUCAGCAUCUCCCGGGUGGGCUCUCUUACACAGUGAGGAGAAUCAUCCACUCUGGUGACCAGGCAGAUCCACUCUCCUCUCCGUCUUAUCAGCUGCCUGGACUCCUGCACGAGUUCCUGCAAACAGGAAACGGCCUCAUCUGUCUUACAUCGUGUGUUAACAUGUCUCCCUCCUGUGGCUCUGUCCACACUCUGCUCUGAUGUCUCCGUGUGGUGAAAGUGACAAAACUUUCUCCUCUGAACGAUCUUGUUUUUUUCACGUUUCCUGUGUCUAAUGUGCAGCACUGUCUGGGCUGAAGUAUUGAACCACACAGGCUAAAGUUACAGUUGUUUGUACAUGACGAGCAGAAAGCAUCGAAUCACAUUACAGCCGACGUUUUUCAGUGUUCAUGCUCAUGACGGGGUUUUGGUUUGAGCAGAUUUAAAAACAAUCCACA